UAUUCCUUUCACAGUCUACCCAUUUACUCCUAUCAUGAGAAUUCCUACAAUCGAUGGAGGCCAAUCUAUGUAAACGUUGAUAGGAAACUGACAUCAAUCUGCAUAGUGUUAUCAUGGAAGGCAAGGUUGCUUUGAUCACAGGUUCAAGCUCUGGAAUAGGAGCUGGUAUUGCACAACGUUUCGCUGAGCUCGGUUGCAGUCUUGCACUCACUGGAAGAGAUGCAGGGAAGCUGAAAGAUGUUGAGACAUCAUGCCGACAAUGUGGGCUCAGCGAAAAAAAGAUUUUACUUGUUCCAGGAGACUUGACCGAGGACGAAGAUAUAGACAAGAUAUUUUCAGAAACAAUAGGAAAGUUUGGACGUCUGGAUAUUCUUAUAAACAAUGCAGGUCGACCAGCUAAAGGGAGGUUUCAUGAUCUUCAGAUGAAAUUCUUUGAUGACGUCAUAAACCUGAAUCUCAGAUCCGCUGUAUACCUAUCAAAGCUUGCCAUCCCAUAUUUGAAAGAAUCCAAAGGCUGUGUCGUGAACAUGUCAAGUGUCGCUUCAAAAACUACAUGUGAUUACAAUCCUACCUAUUCAAUCUCCAAAGUCGCCCUUGAUCAAUUCACAAAAAGUCUCGCAGUGGAAUUAGGUCCCUUUGGAGUCAGAGUUAAUUCUCUCAAUCCAGGUGUGAUACUCACUCCUCUCUAUAGACAUCUUGGUAAGACAGACGAACAAGUAAUCACGUGGUCUAAAUCCAUGCAUCCUAUUGGUCGCCAUGGGACUGUGGAUGAGGUUGUCAAGGCAACCGAGUAUUUGAUAUCUGAUGAUGCACGAUGUGUGACUGGUAUGCUCAUUUCUAUUGAUGGAGGGAGAUUUCUGAUGUGAGCAAUCAUUGGGUGGCUCUAAACUUCCCUUCAGACAAAUCAUUCAUGAUGAUAUUUAUUAUGAAUCAAGCGGUUCAUUUCAAUAUUAAAGGAGAAUGAAACCUUUGGAACAAAAUAGCUUGUGUGAAAAAAGCCCC